UUCAACGAAAUCAUGUGGAAGUUUCUUAAGGUUUUACCCAUCUUCACGCUGUUCAUUGCAGCCGCAAGUGAAUCAGCAGCAAAGUCAUGGUGGGAAAGCGCAUCCUUCUAUCAAAUAUAUCCACGCUCCUUUAAGGACAGCGAUGGAGAUGGCGUUGGUGAUUUGAAUGGUAUUACUGAACAACUAUCCUAUUUAAAAGAGAUUGGCAUCACCGCGACUUGGCUAUCGCCCAUCUUCACCUCGCCCAUGGCUGAUUUUGGCUAUGAUGUGGCGAAUUUUACUGAAAUCGAUCCAAUAUUCGGUACACUAGAAGAUUUCGAACAACUUCUGGCAAAGGCUAAGGAGUUGGGAGUGAAAAUUAUUUUAGACUUUGUGCCCAACCACUCGAGUGAUGAAUGCGAGUGGUUCAUCAAGUCCGCGAAGAGCGAUCCAGAAUAUAAAGACUUUUACAUUUGGCAUCCAGGCAAAAUUUCCGAAAAUGGUACACGACUACCACCAACGAACUGGAUAAGUGUCUUCCGCGGCUCAAUGUGGACAUGGAACGAUGAACGUCAGGCCUACUACUUACACCAGUUCCACGUCAAACAACCGGAUCUCAACUACAACAAUCCAAAAGUGCGCGAAGCUAUGCAGGAUGUGCUGCGUUACUGGGUACGCAAAGGCGUUGCCGGUUUUCGCGUUGACGCUGUACCACACAUCUACGAAGUAGCGGCCGAUGCUGAGGGAAAUUGGCCUGACGAACCAAGUAACCCAUCGGUGGCUGACCCAGCAGACUACGGUUACCUGCAACAUAUCUACACAACCAACCAGCCGGAGACACUUGAUGUGGUGUAUGAAUUCCGCCAGGUAUUGAAGGAAUUGGAUGAGGAGCUUGGUGGAGACGAACAUAUUCUCAUGACAGAAGCCUAUUCACCACUUGACGUGCUGAUGCUGUAUUAUGGAAAUGGCUCCACCGACGGUGCACAAAUACCUUUCAAUUUCGUGUUACUCAGCAACGUGAACAAAAAUUCUAACGCUUACGACUACGAGCAGCAGAUACACAACUGGUUGGACAAUAUGCCCGUUGGGAGCGUAGCAAAUUGGGUGUUGGGAAAUCAUGACCAGAGUCGAAUUGGUACACGCCUAGGCGUCGAUCGUAUGGACCUGAUCAAUGUUUUACUAAAGACUUUGCCCGGAGUUAGUGUCACUUAUCAAGGUGAAGAGAUUGGCAUGACGGAUGUUUCGAUUUCUUGGGAGGAAACCGUUGAUCCGCAAGCUUGCCAAUCGAGUAUUGAAGAAUUUGAAAGCCUCAGUCGUGACCCAGUGCGCACACCCUUCCAAUGGAAUGAUGGAUACAAGGCCGGUUUUACUGAUAGCAAUACCACCUGGUUGCCAUUAGCCGAGGAUUAUAAAUUGGUGAAUGUGAAGCGUCAGCGUGGUAUUGCCAAUAGUCAUCUGAAUGUCUACAAGCAACUGCAGAACUUGCGCGCUACGGGAACCAUGAGCGAUGGAGAGGCCGAAGUAAAAGCGAUUAGCGAAAAUGUACUAGGCAUUAAGCGCUUCCUAUCCGGUGAGCGCACAUAUGUUGUUCUCUUGAAUCUGAACGACGAUUUGGAAUCGGUCAACUUGAAUGCCGCUUUUGGCGAUCUUACAGUCGAAUUAGAAUAUAUACUAGUCACAGACAAAAGUGUUAGACGCAAGGGCGACAAGAUUUACGCCGACUCAAUUGUGAUGCUGCCUAAGGAAGCUGUUGUAUUGGGCACAAUCGUCUAAGACUGAAACCUCGUAAGGAGUAAUUAUUACUUUUAAUUAUAAUACUGAUUUAUGUGAUAGCUACUUUUACUUAGCUUUAGAAGCUCUUUCUAAUUAA